AUGGACAUCAGUCAAUCAAUCGAACGAAGCCACGAUGACGACGGUCCAGUCGGCAUUACUUUGUGGCAAUCGCCAGAGGAUGGUGAGCCAAAUCUUGACUGUCAUGAUUCGGACCCGAACCUCUCUGUCACCUGCGACAAUAUCCCAUUUGGCGACUGUUGCGCGGGCGAAGAGAACGAGCUAUUCGAUAGUGCCGAAAGCGACCAAGCCGAGGGCAUGACCAGCUUCGAUCUCUAUGCCGGGAGUGGCGAUGAUCCUUGCCGCCAGAUUAUUACCAGCAGCAGCUCGAGAGAUAAGCCCUGUCUGGCCGGCAGCUCUGCGGGGAUGAGCAUAACCGGUGCUGCCCUGGAGGUCCCUGAAGAUAAAAGUAUUGGCGAUAUUCCAGGGCCCGCGGAGAAUAGCGAGGUAGUGGUACCCAAAAAACGAGUAUGGCGGGCAAGCCUCUAUGGAUAUCGCGACGCAAACCGUAACAUGUACUACAUUCCUGUUAAAUCCCCGCUUGGGGACGAGUAUCGGAAGCUGGCGACGCGGCGGGAGAAGAUGGAGUUUAUGGCUAAACAUGGCAUGUCUAGGGAGGAUGUUAGGGAAGCAAAACGACAACUGGCACAGGAAUAA